AUGUAUGUCUACACGAAUUUCACAUGUAAAGGAUUGAGGCAGGGUGACCCAAUGUCACCGUUCCUCUUCUUGAUUGUUGCUGAAGGUCUUUCAGGACUUAUGAAUAAAGCGGUUGGAAGCGGCUCUUUUCAUGGUUACAAGGUAAACAAUAAUUUAAUGUUUCAUACUCUGCAAUUCGCGGAUGAUACCAUUAUAGUAGGCGAAGGCAAGUGGGACAACCUUUGGACUAUUAAAACGGUGUUGAGAAGCUUCGAAUUAGUAUCUGGAUUAAAGGUAAAUUUUUUCAAAAGUAAGCUUUACGGUAUUAAUUUGGAUGAUAGUUUUUUGCGCGCAUCUUCGUCUUUUUUGCAUUGUGGUGUGGAUUCUAUCCCUUUUCGCUUUCUUGGCAUACCGGUAGGUGCUAAUCCGAGAAGAAAGGCUACUUGGCUACCUAUUAUUGAUUCCAUGAAAAAGAGACUUGGUGUUUGA